AUGACUUCUACCGUUGCUAAGAAAGCUAUUAAAUGGCACAAAUUACCCUACACUCAAUUUAUCAUGCAUGAAGCCAAGCGAGAAUACUUUCAACCAUUUCUCAUUGCUGGAGUUGCUGCAUGGAUCAUUUGUGGGAUUCUUCCUACACGUGGUGCUACUCAAGAAGACAAGGAAAAGAGUAAUUACUGGAAACGUGUUAACGGCAAGUUUGACUAUAGCCACCAUUAG